CAUAGUGAAGAGUGAUGGAAGGUUCCCUCCCCAUCACAUCCUUCCUUCAGCUAACUCUGUUUUUCCUGUUUGCUGAGAGUUGGCUUUUGGUUCACUGGGCAGGGGGCCCACGUUUUAAUUUUGGAGAGCAUUAGGAGCAAGGUUAAGUGAGGAAGUCAAGGCUCUGCGUGAGGGUUUAGCAAUCUCUAUCAGCCGAAGUCUGUGCCCUUUCCCCUCUUGCAUGCAGUGACUUUUAUUGCAUGGGAGCUUAAGUGGUCGUGGGGGAGAGGGGGGUAAUUAUUUAGCAAAGGCAUCUUUUUCUUUAGAAAUGGUGUAAGAUGUGACUCUGCUUGAAGUUGUGGUUCAUUGCCUCCGGGCAGUCGAUGUUAUUAAGGAGCAGACACUCUGAGUUACUUGAGCUGUGUGUUACAAGGUGUGAAAACGAAGCAUUACUAGAGGAAAAAUCAAUAGAUACCAACUUGAAAUGAAGAUACAACUGCUCCAUGGCUAAACAUGAUUUACCAGGCGUCCAAAAAGAGGGAGUGGAGAUGGGUCUUGGCCACUGGAGCUAUGCAAGUAUUGACCCUAAUUUGAGAGCAAGUAUUUAAACUGUGGCCUGUUCCAUGUUAAUGCACACAAACACCACUACUGCUUUGGACGGACUUUACAGGGAGCAGUGGCUCAUUCAGGAGAUGCAGUAUGGCCUUUUCCUUGCUGAAUUCUUGCUUUUACUCUUUCCCAGGCUUGUGCAAGAACCAAGUGAAUGCCGCAGGGAGAGAAGCCUCAGUUAUUAGUUAUGGGGCUUCAUCUGUGAAACGCCGGCUUCGCCACCUUCGCAAUAUCGCUGCCCGGAACAUCAUCAACAAGAAUGGAUAUCGCCUCUUGGAUACGUACUUCACUCUUCACUUGUGUGAUAACACCAAGAUAUACAAAGAGUUUUAUAAGAGUGAGGUGAUCAAGAAUUCUCUGAAUCCGACAUGGAGGAGUCUGGACUUUGGGAUAAUGCCUGAUCGUCUCGAUACCUCUGUCUCUUGCUUUGUUGUGAGGAUCUGGGGUGGCAAGAAGGAGCACUUCCAGCUUUUGAUUGAAUGGAAGGUCAAUCUGGAUGGGUUGAAGUACUUGGGCCAACAGAUACAUGCAAGAAACCCCAAUGAGAUUAUUUUUGGUCUCAACGAUGGUUAUUACGGAGCUUCGUUUGAGCAGAAGGAUCACUCAGGUACCCUGAAGAACAGUCUUCUCCAGGUGGAUCAGAACUGUGUUCGUAACUCGUACGAUGUCUUCUCUUUGCUUAGGCUUCACAGAGCCCAGUGUGCAAUUAAACAGACUCAGGUAACUGUUCAGAAAAUAGGAAGGGAGAUUGAAGAAAAGCUGAGAUGUACAUCCACGAGCAAUGAACUGAAAAAGGAGAGUGAAUGUUUACAGCUGAAGAUCCUGGUGCUACGCAAUGAACUGGAGAGGCAGAAGAAGGCCCUUGGUCAAGAAGUAGCCUUGUUGCACAAGGGAAAAAGUACUUUGCAUGACAGAGGAAAUGCAUUUGAGAGUGAAUACCAGAAACUUCAAGAGCAUAGUGAAUCCCUGCAUGAAUUAAGAAAGGAAUGCACUGCCAAGAGAGAACUGUUUCUGAAGACACAUGCCCAGCAGACUAUUCGAUGCAAGCAACUGCUGUCAGAGCUCUCCUACAUCUACCCUAUUGACCUGAAUGAUCAGAAGGAUUACUUUGUUUGUGGAGUCAAGCUUCCUAAUUCUGAAGACUUUCAAGCAAAAGAUGAUGGAAGCAUUGCCGUUGCCCUGGGCUACACCGCUCACUUGGUGUCAAUGAUAUCCUACUUCUUACAAGUGCCACUCAGGUAUCCAAUAAUUCACAAGGGCUCCCGGUCUACAAUUAAAGACAACAUCAAUGACAAACUGACAGAGAAAGAGCGAGAGUUUCCUUUAUAUCCAAAAGGAGGAGAGAAGCUUCAGUUUGAAUAUGGAGUGUAUCUUCUCAACAAAAAUAUAGCACAGCUUAGAUAUCAACAUGGGCUGAGUACUCCAGAUCUACGGCAAACUCUUCCUAACCUGAAAAACUUCAUGGAGCUCGGGCUAAUGGUGAGAUGUGAUCGACACCAUACAUCCAACGCAAUUCCCGUUCCAAAGAGACAGAGCUCUAGCUUCGGCAGGUUGGAUAUUGGCUUUUCCAGUGGGCUUCCUUCUCCAGAUAAAGGACUCCGAAAACGAGCCAGCACAGGAAACGAGAGACUACAACACAAAACUCCUCCUCCUAGUUACAACUCUGCUUUAACACAGCCCGUUGCCAUCGCAGCCCGUGUAGGAGAGUUAGAUAAAAAACCUGGAUCAAUAUCUUCUUCCUUGGAUACCUCUAUGGACUCCUCGAAAGGAAUUACCAAGAAAGGUGAGAACUUGUGCAGCAGUUUAAAUGGAGAAAACGGGAGCUUAAACAACACCCAAGACCAGCAGGAAUCUUUCCUAGGACCUACUAGUGCAAUAAAUGGGGCUUUCCUGCCUGGUGAGUGCUCUGGCACCACAAGCAACGAGCAGCCCUGUGAGUUCCGCCCCGCGCUCAACCCCGUCCUUUGCUGCACCGUGGAGCAAGCAGAGGAGAUCAUGGGGAUGGAAGCGACGGGGUUCAGCUCGGGAGAUCAACUAGAAGACUUUAACUCCAUCCCAGUGGAACACGCCGUGGCGGUGGAAUGUGAUGAACAAGUCCUAGGAGAGUUUGAGGAGUUCUCUCGAAGGAUCUAUGCACUGAACGAGAACAUGUCCAGCUUCCGCAGGCCGCGGAAGAGUUCGGACAAGUGAGCUGGGGACCAGGGGAUUGAUAGCAAACAUUGAGGUGAAAUCAGUGAUUUGGGAAUAGAAAGAAAAUUGCACUUAUUCUUUAUAUUAAUUAUAUAAAAAAGAAAAAAUAAAACCAGCUAAAGCUAUUUCCUAUGGUGAUAGACAAAUGGACUUGAGCACGAUAACACAGGAUCAUGGUAUAUUCACAGCCCAGGUACAUUUUCAUUCUGCUUCCAGUCCUCUUAUAUGGUAUUUAUAAUCUGUUGGAAGGUUGGUUUUUGGGAUUGGGUUUUUUUUUUUAGGCAUUGGAAUCCAUUUAUAAAGGCUUUCCUGGAAACAACUUCUAGUGUUGAUCAGGCCCUUCUAUGAGUAUUUGUUCAUUUCUUAAUUAGUCUGUAGAGUUAAAUUGAGUUUAAUCCUGUUCAGAAAGAAAAAGUUAAUUUAAAAGCACGUUUAUGGUCAGAUCUCUUUACCUUCUCCUAUGUACUCCUGUGUUUUCUUGAGCUAUGUAGUCAGUGUUCCAGAAAUACCAUGGAUUUUUGUUUUCUUUACCAUUGGACAGCUUUCUCUUGGCUGUGCUCUGUAGCCUUUCAAGUUCUAGUUUGCACUGAUGGGUCUUCAGUUGGUGAUGUGAACUUGCCAGAGAAUGAGCACCUCUGUGAUAUCUGCAGUUUCCUUGCACCUGAUGAAUCAGAAAUGACAUCUGGUCUUUCCUUUUCCCUCCUCCUUCAUAUUGUUCCUACCAGUAGAAGCCUUGAGGACUAAAUCACCUCUAAGGUUCCAUAUAAAAGUCUCAGCCUGAACAUUCCCCACUUCAACCUCAUCAGUAGGGACCUAACAAAUGCACCAAGUGGGGUUCAGUGACCACCCUUUGAGGCAUCUAACGGGGUCCAUGUGCCACGAGGCCCUUCACAAGAGCCUUCAUUAUAAAACCCAGCCUGAAAAUGCAGUCAGUGCUUUGGAAUUAGGCAAAUCUGUAGAAAGGAGGCACUCAGCAUCAUUCGUCUCCCUGAAUACCCUUUUAACUAUCUGUACUUUGAGGGAAGAAACCUCCAGUGCUUUGCUGGAGAUGUGGUUUUGCUCUUAGGUAGGUUACCACUGGCACAUGUGUUCAGCUGCACUAAUGGGAAAGCAAUUUGCAGCCUGUUUAGUGAUUCCUGGUAUUUGUUUCAGUUUGGAUUUCAUUGCUCUUUGCUUUCUAUAUUGUAUACCCAAGAAUUGGGGCUCGGGUUUGAGCUCUCAAAUAUAAAGAUAUAUAGCAGAAUAAACACCACUUCCUCAUGCCUGGCUUUUUUUCCCCCCCCCUCCCUGGUCUGUGCUUUCUUUUGAACCAAUGACCUAGUCUUUUUCCUAACUUCAACUAAGGCUAGCCUAAAUUAAUUUCAAUUGUGGAUAUGUAUAACCUCAACUAUCUGUUGUCAAAGCAAGACGUGUAUGUGAGAACCAAUAUACAUCAUAAUAGCACUCUUCUAGAAUAUGCAUCUUUCCAGGUAACACCUUAAUGAUUGUAGUAAAACUAUAUUCACAUUUCUUCUGUUAGCUUUUAAGGGUUGUGUCUGCACUUGUGUUGCUGGAUCGAGCCUUGCUAUAGUGAUUCAUGGUCUUUGGUCUGUCCCAGUAGGAUGUGGUAGGUGGAAACAGAAGCAGAGACCUUGAUUCUGUAAGUCAUGAUUCUAGGUGCAGAUUGACCAUGGAGUUGGACACGUUCAUGAGUAUCUUCUCCCCUGAAUAAGCUCCUUUGUUCCAUCCUCAUGAAGAGCUUCCCCUUUAAGCACUCCAUCACCUUUGAGGAGAGAUAGGUAGGAAGCUCUUGCUGUGCAUUGAUGUAGAUAAGGAGGAAAUGAACACCUGAAAGCACACCACUUACUCAUGAUGUGGGCAUAAGAUACUCUGUCCUGUGACCCUAUCUUACCAUCUUCUGAGAGAACUAUCAUUUUAGGUGAAAUUAGGCAACAUCGAGUCAAUUGUGCACCUGCAGGACCUCAGAGCAGCACAGACCUGUUUGUAGGCACCCUCUUUUCCUCUCUGACAGAAAGGCAUUAGCUUCUGUGUGGUGGUGACUUUCCAAAGCAACCCAAAGAGUAGCCGUGAAGCCGCUGUGUUUCGUAGGCAAACAUGGAGCAUCUCCGUGCAAUUCAGCCACGUGUGAGAUUAGGUUCAUAGAGCAUCAGUGGGGCUUGGGGUUGGUUUUUAUCACUAGUUGCAGAUUUUCUCAGGUUGCACCCAACCAAAUGAAGUCAUUUCCCCCCUUUGAUGUCCUCUUGCUGUUCCUGUUUGAACCCUGUACUCGAUGUAUCAGACACAAUGGUUGAUUCCUGCAUCUGCCGCACGAGUCUGCGACGGGUUUUCUAUGGAUGUAUCUUUAGUAACCCUAAACUUGUCCCUGUGUUUCUCUUCCACUUUUACCACUUUCCAUCUGGAAGGUGGUGUGAAGGGGGACGGUGUCAUGGGGCUAGUUAAAGCAUUAACAAACCUCUCAUUGCUGUGAGGACGGCGUCGAACACCCUCCAGCCGCCUCAUAGCCGCUGCCUUUGCGUUUAUUUCUUCCCCCCCUUUAAAUAGCUUUGAAAAGAGCAUAGUGGGAGAGAAACAAGGAGUAGGUUUGAAGGUGAGAUGAUAUAUCACAGCGUGCUUUCAACUGUCAAGAGCCUUUCAGUUCCUGCACAGCUGUGACACUGUUAAAUGUCUGCAAAUGUCUUCAAGUGGAGAACACAUUUCAUUGCAAUCCUUUCCCCUCACCAGGAAUUCCUGAGAUUUUUGAGAUUAUUAGUUUUGGAAGAUCUUAUCCCACUCUAUUUUUCUAGCAAGCACAACAGCGUUGGCUUAUCCUUGCUUGACCAGGUAUUUAAAAUAAGCAAACCCAGAAUAUCCCCUCGUAAAUGCCACAUUAAAACCAUGUUGGUAAUUGCAGGAAAGCUCAUCUGUAUUUAUAAAAUAAAACUGAUUAGUAUCUCUCAA